AUGGCCUGUGUAACUUUGAAGCGGUCACUAGAUCUGGAACCGUUGUAUUCCCCAACAGGCAACAGUGCAAAAAGGCGAAGAUGUGCACCGCUUACUCCUCUUUUUGCUCGAAACGAUCAGUCUAACUCUGAUCAGCAGAUGUCCAGAAAAAUGCACUCGCAUGGAUCCAAGCACAUUGAAGCAAGACGUGUUUUUGGAGAUUCUGGUGCCCAGUCACCACAAUCGAACUCUAUUGGUGCUUUUUCUCCGAUGCCAAUGCCUUCAAAUGACGAUCUUUACAACAGAAUUAAGCAGGAAUGGAAACGUUUGAAACGGCGAAAGCAAUUGAAGUACGGUAAGCAUUCGGGAAAACAUUUCUCGAAAAAUGGAAGUGGUUCGUCGUCGGGAAGCGACAACGACGAAUAUGCUUCCACGUCAUCGUCCAGAAUGGCCAACAGGACUCAAAACAGCAGUAGUGAAAGAUCCGCAAACCCAGGUGCUUUGUUCACACUGGAACAGGUUGUGACCAUCUGCAACAAGCUGCUGGUCGAUCGCGACAAUACUGUGCGAGAGGAGUACGAUCGGGCGCUGACGGAAAAACUUGCAGAGCAAUACGACGCAUUCGUGAAAUUCACUCACGACCAAAUUCAAAGUCGCCUGUCCCACAGCGCAUCAUACGUCUCCUAAAUGACUGAAUGACACUUAGCCAAGUAGAUUAAAAUUGCAUCAUGGUCAAAAUCGGAAAAGGAGUUUUCGGCGCCGAAUCAUUUCAACGUACGAAAUCAAGAAGGCAGCAGAAAUAAAACUGUUUUUUAAAUUGUUGUUUGGAAAUAUCUUUAUAUUGUGAUGUGCUAUCAAAAUAGCGAAUAUCCUAAAUCGUCGAGUUACUAGUAUCGUUAAGUCGUUAAUUGGCUAUGUAUUUGUUAUCCUUAACAAUGUAUUAUGGCACCUAACAACUAAAUCAAAUUUAUGUAAGACAUAGUAAAAAAUCCUCUGUGCGAAGUGCAUAUUGAAAUCUGGUAACUGUUUCAGUCGGUCAUGAAUUUUGUCUCUUCUUAACUUAUUUAUUGCUUUAAAAAACAUUAUCAGUGGUGAAGACAAAAUCAUGGGCUAACAAAAACCACGUUUGUCGUUCAACUACGCUAUCAAUUACUGCAAACUGGGAGAUAAUUAUGAGUAAUGGAGAGUUUUCAAUUAAUUGUACCAUGCAUGAUGGAUGUUCUGUUCAUGAUUAAUAGUGGGUUUCUCUUUAAGUGCUCAAUCAUUUGAAUGAUAGUUAAUGCUGAGAAGUUGACAAAAUCGGUAAAUUAAAACGAUCAGACAAAGGUUUUGUAAUUUGUUUUGGUAACGAUUUCCACGAGCAGCGGAUUUAACUGGCAAAAUGAAAAAUUUAAGAUCAUUGGCUUGUGUCCGGAUCUGAUGAUCGAAACCGAUGUUUUUUUCAACUGAGCAUUCUCUAAAAUUUCAACUUUCACAUAGCUACCAUCAUGAUUGGUUUGCUGUGAAUUCAAUUGGUUGUAUUGUAACCAAGUAUUUUACAGUUUUUGCGGCAGUAUUUCAUUAUGAAGAAACUAUGAUAUUAUUUUUGAAACUUGUGUCAACUUUUGUUUACUAAAUACGGUGAAAUAGUUGGUUUGUUGAAAAGCUACUCUUUUUUACUCAUAAU